AUGAGCAGCAGCAAGGACAACAGCAAGGAGGAGGGCGCCGGUGUUCCCCCCGCGGCCAAGAGUUCGUGGGGACCGUUCUUGAAGUCGAUUGCGAGCUUCACGGGCGAUUUGGCGAGUUUGACGGCUCCGCCGUUUAUUCUGAGCUCUACUAGCUUGACGGAGUAUUCUAGCUACUGGGCGGAACACCCGGAGCUCUUCGUUGCGCCGGCGCAGGAGAAGGAUGCGCAGAAGCGUGCUCUAUUGGUGUUGAAGUGGUUCUUGUCCACGCUGAAGCAGCAAUACAGCUCCAGGAAUGAAAAGCUGGGCUCCGAGAAGAAGCCGUUGAACCCAUUUCUAGGAGAGCUGUUUUUGGGAACUUGGAAGGAUGAGACCGACACCAUUGGGGAAACGAAAUUGAUUUCGGAGCAAGUCAGCCACCACCCUCCCGUCACCGCGUAUGCUAUCAUCAACGAGAAGCACGGAGUCAAGCUUGAGGGUUACAAUGGACAGAAGGCGUCGUUCUCUCGGGGCGCGAUAAACGUGAAGCAGGUCGGACAUGCUGUCUACCAUCUCAAGGGGUUUGACGAGCACUAUCUCAUCACUCUUCCUUCGCUCCAUAUCGAAGGUAUCGUCUACGGCUCGCCUUACGUCGAGCUCAACAAGAGUUCAACCAUCACGUCGUCCACAGGAUACGUCUCUACCAUUGACUACAGCGGCAAGGGAUGGAUCUCGGGAAAGAAGAACAGCUUCACCGCGACCAUGACGAAAGAAGGCAGCAAGGAGGUGCUAUACACUGUCGAUGGGCAGUGGACGGAUAAAUUCUCCGUCAAGGAGGGCAAGACCAAGAACGAGCUCGAUUCGUACAACGCCAAAAUCACAAAGACUACCCCUCUAUACGUCGCACCCCUCGACCAACAAGAUCCGCUCGAGUCCCGCCGGGCAUGGGCGAAGGUGCAGGAGGCGAUCGGCAAGGGCGACCUUGAGACUACCGGCGCGGAGAAGAGCAAGAUUGAGAACGAGCAGAGAGAGUUGCGCAAGAAGGAGAAGGAGGAGAACCGGGAGUGGGAGCGACGAUUCUUCACAAGGGUUGACGAGAACCCCAUCUUCACCAAGCUCGCCGAGAAGCGCGAAAUCACCGCCGAGGCUGACAAGACCAACGGUAUCUGGGUGUUUGACGAGGCUAAGUACGCGAAGGCGCAUGCUCCCGUGGAGACGGUGGUUCCGGCGGUGGUUCCUGCGGCCGAGUUGUAG